AUGUUCACCCGCAACAUCGCCCGCCUGUCCCAGCGCACUGCGCCCUUCCGCUCGGUUGCUCAGCGCCGUUUCAACAGCGCCGAGGCCAAGCCCUCCUGGAUUGUCGACAACGAGUUCAACCGUGAGCGUGCCGCCGUCAAGCACCACGCCGCCUCCACCAGCGACCUGUGGCGCAAGCUCUCCAUCUAUGCUGUCGUCCCCGUUAUGAUUGCCGGCAGCAUCAAUGCCUGGUACCUCUGGGAAGAGCACUGGGAGCACUGGAGCCACAUGCCCCCGCUCGAGGAGCGCACCGAGUACCCCUACCAGAACAUCCGUGUGAAGAACUUCCCCUUCGGAGACGGUGACAAGACCCUCUUCUGGAACGACUCCGUCAACUACCACCACAAGGACAAGGCUACCUAA